CACACUAGCUCAAAGGCAUUACUCAAUAUGCAUGCUGAAAGAGACACCUGGACGUUGUUUGUAACAGUCGUAGGGCUCUCUCUCUUAGUUUUUUGCACCAAUCUAACUUUGUUGACAUAUGACCAAAAAGAAGAUAUCAAUAUAUGCCCAAAAUACUCCAAGAAUUUAGUGGGAUCAAUAACUCCAAACCUUACGGAUACAUCCUACAAAGACUUGGAGUCAAGAUUUACAUGGCUGCGAACAGGAGGCCACUAUACACCCACAGGAUGCAAACCGAGAGAACGGGUAGCCAUUUUGAUACCAUUCCGUAAUCGGGGUAACCAUCUAAGGAUUUUGCUGAACAAUUUACAUCCAAUAUUAUAUCGUCAGCAACUUGGGUAUACCAUAUAUGUUUUGAAACAGGCUAACGAGAAACCAUUCAAUAGAGGAAAGCUGUUCAAUAUUGGAUACAAAGAAGCAAAAAAGUUUAAUCAUACUUGCUUUGUCUUCCAUGACGUUGAUCUAAUUCCUGAGAAUGAUAAAAUACUUUAUGGAUGUGUAAGGAGUCCCAUGCAUUUGUCAAGAGCAGUUGAUGCAUUCAACUACAAACUUCCUUACAAAAAUAUACUGGGAGGAGUCGCUGCUUGGAAAACAAAAGAGUUUGAACAGGUGAAUGGCUGGUCCAACUUGUUUGUGAACUGGGGUGGAGAAGAUGAUGAUUUGAGCUGCAGAACAAUAGCAAACAAAUUGUCAAUCUUUCGUUUUCCGAACUCGGUGGCAAGGUACACAAUGUUGAAGCACAGACGGACCCCUGUUAACACCGCGAGACACAGGCAGUUAAAAGACAGCUAUACUCGGUAUAAGAUUGAUGGUUUGUCAUCAUUGGUAUAUCGAAGCCCAAAAAUCCAACGUUAUCAGUUAUUCACCAUGGUGUCAAUAAAUACGUGAAAAUCUUGUUCUGAAAGGUUUUCAACUAAUACAUUUACAUAUAAGAUAGGUAAAAACUGUACAGCUUGAAAAUGUUCCUCUGCGCUUAUUUCUAAACAAAAUGCAAAGUCUGGAUAUUUAAGAAGAAAUAUUGAAGAUUGACGUAAAAUACCUUAUAUGAUUUCUUACUGAAAGCCUUGUUCAGUGAAAUACAUUUGCAGACCCUUAUUAUUUGAGCGUAUGUUUCAUUGGAAUAUUUAUAUAUAAUUGUUUGAUUAUCUUAUCUUAGUGUAUAAUAUGAAGAAAAAGAAAGCAAUAUAAUAUUGAACAUUU